AACAAAGACAUGAAUGACUCUGAAGAUUUCAAGGAGGGUGAGAGUAGAAGCAAAGACCAAAUAGAUGGCACAGGAAUGAGUCUGGGCAACAGGAAGGGAGUGAGGGUGACUGGGAAAUAUGCUCCUCCUGUGGACUGGAGCGGCAGAGGUGAAGGUCCAUCCAUCGUCCACGCUCCCACCAGCACCUCCAUACCCCCAGACACCCCCACUGUGAUCUCCAUUGGCCCUCUGCCUCACAGGCCCACAGAGCGAGUUGAUGAUCUCAGGGUGGAUGAACCUUCUGUCGAGGAGGACUGGACCAGGGAGACAUCGUCUCAAACCGGGGUGUCUCACGGUGAGAUGGGUGUCCCCAGGCAGACCCUGGAGGAGCUGAAGACCAUCCUGAGGGACAGUCCUCUGCUCAGCAUCCGGGGAAGAGAUGAUGGGAAGCCAGGGAGUCCUUAUACAUACCUACAUGGGAGCAGCAGCAGCAAGAGUGGUAGAGAUGGUGGUGGAAGGCCUGAGGGACGGCAGGACGAUGGAAACCACCACAGGGUGUUCAGCACCUUCAAACCCCACUCUGAUGCUUCCAGAAGGGGGCCCAGGCCUAGAGAGAGCACAUCUAUUCAGCUGCCUUCUAGCAUGGAUUCAUCCAGCUCAUUCAGGUCUGAUGCAAACACAAAUAGGCAGCCGGGAGUCAGUGAACACUCACAUGCGAGCAGUGGCUCCUGGGAAGAGACUGGAGCUUCUAAUACAGAUAACGAGAACGACACGGUCGAGUUCUCCGGUAAUCAGAGGUUCAUUGCAGCCAUGGAGCAGAUCAAGCAGCAGAUUGCCCGAGAAAACAUCAACUUUGUCCGCUUCGAGGCCACAGAUCUCCACGGGGUGUCCAGGUCCAAGACGGUGCCGGUUCGCUUCUUCCAUGAGAAAGCUGUAUAUGGGGUUCCAAUGCCAAGAAGCUACUUGGAGCUAACGUUGAGCCCAAAGAGCAAUGAAGUGGACCACGCCAACACAGCCAACUUCAGCAGUGAUGUCCUUUUGAUCCCUGACCUUUCGACCUUCAGGGUCCUACCCUGGGCCGAGCAGACCGCCCGGGUCAUCUGUGACCCCUGCACAGUGACAGGAAGCCCCCUUCGCACUUCGCCACGCCUCAUUGCCAAGCAGCUCCUCGGCCAGCUUCAAAGCCUGGGAUUCUCCCUUCACGCCUCCUUCACUUACGAAUGCUGUGUCCUAGGAGCGCCAGACCGGAUCGGACCAAAGACUCUCCUGUUCCCUGCUACCACCCUGCUGAGUAACCACGAUCUGCCUUUCUUCCAGCAGCUGGUGGACAGCAUGUACUGCAUGGGCGCAGACAUAGACAGCAUUGCUUCUGCCAGUGGGCCCGGCCAGAUGGAGAUCAAUCUGAGGCCAGAGUUUGGUAUUGCAGCCGCAGAUAGUGCCUUCACCUUCCGCACCGGCAUCAAAGAAAUGGCUCGGAAACACAGCUACAUCGCCAGCUUCUUCACUGACGAUGGCCUGUACAACGCUGGGGUGCUCUCUCAUAGCUUGUGGGAUGCUAAUGGCCGUCGUAGCCUCUUCCACAGCGGGGAGAAGGUGGGCGAGCUGUCUGAGAUUGGCACGAAAUGGCUGGCUGGACUCCUGACCCACUCUGCCGCCCUGAGCUGCCUGAUGUCGCCAGGCCUCGGCUGCCGGAGCCACAUUGCCAAGACGAUCAAAGACUCCAAACGGAUGUUGUACGCCACCUGCGGCAGCAACGAUAACAGCAGCUCCUUCAACAUCAAGUGUCAUGGUGGGAGGGAGAUGCACAUUGACAACAAGCUGGGCUCAGCCAUGGCCAACCCUUACAUUGUGCUGGCUGCCACAGUGGCCGCAGGACUGGACGGCAUCAAACGAAACCUGAACGUUGAGAGUGGUCUGAACAAAGCCCCGAGUCAGCAGAAGGAAUUUUCCAUUCCUGUGAAGCUCGAUGAUGCUCUGGAGGCCCUGGGGGACGAUCACGUCAUUCGCAGCACCCUCGGUGAGCCGUUUGUUCAAUAUUUCAUCGCCAUGAAAAAGUUUGAGAUUGAGACCCAAGAACUGGACGAUGAGAGGAACAAGUGCCUGGAGUAUUUUAUCUAG